UAUCGCAAGAUGGCCGCCUCCUAGUUUGUCAAUAGAUCUAAUUUAAUAUUAAGUUAAUUAGAAUUUAUAGGCCUGUAAAUAAUUUUAAAAUUAAAUAUUCCUAGAAAUUUUUUUAAAUACUUUACCACUUCAUUGACUUAUGAGACAGUAAGAGCUGGAAUCAAAAAGAAAUGACGGAGCUUAAAGUCACUCCGUUGGGUGCAGGCCAAGAUGUGGGACGCAGUUGUAUCCUUCUCAGUAUUGGAGGAAAAAACAUAAUGCUAGACUGUGGCAUGCACAUGGGCUACAAUGACGAUAGACGAUUUCCAGAUUUCACAUACAUAGCAAAAGAAGGGAGACUUACCGACAGAAUAAACUGUGUCAUUAUUAGCCACUUUCACCUUGAUCACUGUGGAGCUCUACCUUACAUGACUGAGAUGGUGGGAUAUGAUGGCCCUGUCUACAUGACACAUCCAACAAAAGCUAUCUGCCCCAUACUUUUGGAAGACUAUCGCAAAAUUACUGUAGAGAGAAAAGGAGAAGUUAAUUUUUUCACAUCAGAGAUGAUCAAAACUUGCAUGAAAAAGGUGAUCACAGUCAAUCUACACCAGGUGAUACAGGUGGACGACGAUUUAGAAAUUAAAGCUUACUAUGCAGGUCACGUCCUAGGAGCAGCCAUGUUUCAAAUUCGUGUUGGGCAGAGUUCUGUUGUUUACACAGGUGACUAUAAUAUGACUCCAGAUAGACAUUUAGGCGCAGCAUGGAUAGACAAGUGCAGACCAGAUUUACUCAUUACAGAGUCAACAUAUGCCACAACCAUCCGAGACUCAAAGAGGUGCAGGGAAAGAGAUUUUCUCAAGAAAGUUCAUAGCUGUGUUGAAAAAGGAGGAAAGGUUUUGAUUCCAGUAUUUGCUCUAGGCAGAGCUCAGGAAUUGUGUAUACUGUUAGAGUCCUAUUGGGACCGCAUGAAUCUCAAAGUUCCUAUCUAUUUCUCCCUUGGUUUGACAGAGAAGGCCAAUCAUUAUUACAAACUGUACAUUACAUGGACAAGUCAAAAAAUUAAGAAAACAUUUGUUCAGAGAAAUAUGUUUGACUUUAAACACAUAAAAGCAUUUGACCGCGCUUACAUUGACAACCCUGGUCCCAUGGUUGUGUUUGCCACUCCUGGCAUGCUGCAUGCAGGUCUCUCUCUACAGAUAUUUAAACGCUGGGCACCUAACGAAAACAACAUGGUGAUAAUGCCAGGUUAUUGUGUGUCUGGGACUGUCGGCCAUAGAAUUUUAAAUGGUGCUCGUAAAAUUGAACUGGAAAACAAACAAGUGAUAGAAGUAAAGAUGAGUGUGGAGUACAUGUCGUUCAGUGCUCACGCUGAUGCUAAGGGCAUCAUGCAGCUCAUAUCCCACUGUGAGCCAAAAAAUGUCUUGCUGGUGCACGGCGAAGGGGAGAAAAUGGUGUUCUUGAAGAAUAAAAUUCAACAGGAGUUUGGCAUUGACUGCUUCAUGCCAGAGAAUGGAGAAACCAGCGUGAUCAAAACAAAACACAACAUACCUCUGGACACCUCUUUAAAUUUAUUGAAACGUCAGCUAGUACCAGCAGAAGAACCUGAAGAGCCAGACCCUAAACAUUUAAAAAUCUUGCAUGGGGCUCUUCUAAUGAAAGGAAGUCGGAUGCAACUCACUGAGCCUUCUGCAGCUUUUCGUGAACUUGGGCUUGAGGAAUAUGAACUUCGUUUCACGUGUAACAUCAGCUUAGAAGAAGAAGGCACCAUCUCAAACACAACAGACAGAGUUUAUAGAAGGCUUCAAAGAGAGUUCCCACACUGUGCAGUCCAGUUCUCAAACGAUGGUUCCAUUACAAUUGGUGACUCUGUUCUGGUCAAAGUCUCAGGGGACGAGGAGAGCAAAAAUAUUCUGGUCUCCUGGUCACAUCAGGAUGAGGACAUUGGCAGUCACAUUCAAAGAGUUCUGCGACCCGAACAAUGUUAAAUUUGGUUUAAAUGAAAUAAAAUCUUUUUGUUACCUAGUUUUUCAAUUUGCUUCUUGUAAUUUUCCAUGUCAUGCAGAGUUGAUACAGGGAAAAUUAUUUAGUCUGUUUAAUUACUUGGUGUUGAGUAUCCAGACGAAAUAACCUACAUGUUUUUUAAAUCCAUG